UAAGAAAGACUUUUGCGCUUCAGUCGUAGCUUGACGCAUCUCAGGAGUGGUGGUGAUUAUCCUCGUUAAGAGACCGGUGCACAUUUUCAUCAUUUUUUUUUUUCUGUCAACGAAUAAUUGUCAUUCAAAGUAUACAAUCCGAUUAAAUAACAUCAUUUUCUUCCACUACAUUUCUUCGUACUGUUUUUUAAAUCCUUGGAAAUUUGUGACAAAAUGGGAGGAUUAACGCAAAGGCCAUGGACACCUACAAAAAGAAGAGGCCCCAUUGCUGCUGAAUACAAUAGUCCUGGACCUGCUUGUGUUACUUUACCACCACUUAUCGGAAAAACUGUACCGGAUUCGAAACGAGGAAGAGCACCUGCAUUUUCUUUUGGAAGCAGACACGUAGCUAGAAAUGAUAGUCCUGGUCCAGGACCUGGCCAAUACAACGUAUCCGGUCUUAGUGCAAAAGGUAAAGAUGGUGCACCUGCUUCAUCAUUGCAUGGUCGUACCAAAUCAUCGAAAUUUGAAAUAACUCCAGCACCAGGUGAUUACAAUCCGGAAAAAGCUGGAAAAGUUAUUUUGGAUAAUUCACCGAAAUAUUCGUUUGGAAUUAGAACCCAAACUGAGAAGAUCAGUUGUACACCCGCACCAAGUGAUUAUUGUACCGAAAACGUGAAUCUCGACAAAGCUCCAGAGUACAGUUUUGGCAUAAGACCUGUUCUGGAUAAACCGAGUGACGUUCCUGCACCUGGUGCCUAUUAUCCCGAAAGAGUCAAAUUGAAUCACUCACCUCAAUACAGUUUUGGAUUGAGAACUUCGCUCGAUAAAUUGAACGAUACACCAGCUCCAGGAACGUACAGUCCAGAAAAAGUGAAUUUAUCUAAAAGUCCUCGAUACAGUUUAACUGGAAAGGGUCACGAAGAAAAACCGGUCGAUACUCCAGCACCUGGUACUUAUCGCCCUGAAAAUGUUAAGCUGGAUUCUACUCCACAAUUUAGUUUCGGUAUUAGAACACCAUUAGAUAAGAUUAGUGACACACCAGCGCCAGGUACAUACAGUCCAGAAAAAUUUAAUUUGGAUAAAGGUCCUCAGUAUAGUUUAACCGGCAAAGGUCCUAGUGAUAAACCUAAUGAUGUUCCAGCACCAGGUACAUACUGUCCUGAAAAAGCUAAAUUAGAUCAUUCUCCUCAAUUUAGUUUCGGAUUACGUACAUCUCUCGAUAAAAUUAGCGAUACACCAGCACCUGGCACUUAUAGUCCUGAAAAGAUAAACUUGGAUAAAGGGCCACAAUAUAGUUUGAGUGGCAAAGGUCCGUCUGACAAAAUUGAUAAUACUCCAGCUCCCGGCACUUAUUCUCCGGAAAAAGUUAAAUUAAACAAAGCACCACAAUAUAGUUUUGGUUUAAGAACUUCAUUGGAAAAACCGAAUGACACACCUGCUCCUGGAACUUACGCUCCUGAGAAAUUCAACUUGAAUAAAGGUCCUGAAUACAGUUUAAGUGGAAAAGGUUUAUCAGAAAAACCAAAUGAUUUCCCUGCACCAGGAACAUAUAGCCCAGAAAAAGUAAAUUUAGACAAAGGACCACAAUUUAGUAUCUCCGGAAAAGGAAUGACUCCAAAAUUGAAUGAUAAUCCUGGCCCUGCAGAUUACCGUCCAGAGAAAGUAAACCUUCAACAUAAACCUUAUUUCUGUUUUGGUAGUAGAACACCUUUGGAUAAACCUAAAGAUACACCAGCACCUGGAACUUAUUGCCCAGAAAAAUCGCAAUUAGACAAAGCUCCUCAAUUUAGUUUUGGUAUAAGACCACCUCUUGAAAAGCCUAAUGAUAUACCAGCACCUGGCACAUAUAAUCCUGAAAAGGUAAAUUUAAAUAAAUCUCCACAAUAUAGUUUUGGAUUAAAACCUGAUAUACGUCAAACAUAUACAAUUCCAGGACCUGGUGAAUACAGUCCAGAAAAAGCCAUGUUUUUGCUUGAAAAAGCUCUACAAUUCACUUUUGGUCUUAGACCUCCAAUGAGCAGAUUAAAUGAUACUCCAGCACCUAACGUAUAUAACAUACCUUCUGCCCUCGGUGCAACGAAAGAAGGAAAUAAAAAAACAUCACCAGCAUAUUCAAUUUCUGGUAGACAAAAGACUUUCGCCGAUGAAAGAAUUUUAGUCCCCGGUCCUGGUACAUAUGAAACUAUAAAGCCAGAUGCAGUUAGAGUCAAAAGUCCAGCUUAUAGUAUAAGCGCACGAUUUGAGGUACCAAGUGAUCAUUCCAAAAUUCCCGGUCCUGGCGCACAUUGUCCAGAAAAGGUUCUUCUAGAUGUUCCUCCGGCUCAUACAUUCGGUAUUAGACAUUCACCUUAUAUUUGCAACUUGAAAGAUAUGGUUUAUUAAUUAUAAUUCAAACGAUGCAUAUAUUAUCUUGUUCUUAAACUAUAAAAAUAAUUUUAUUACACA